GAGAGAGAGAGAGAGAGAGAGAGAGAGAGAGAGAGAAUAAGGACUAGCCCCGUCAGUGUGAUCUGAGUUUAUAGCUGAGUUAUCUGAAGGCGAUGAAACAUGUGUCUCCUCUCUAAUGUGUCUCAGCUCGGUUUAUAGCGCUCAACAGAUCGAUACGCGCAGCGGUACUUCUCUAUUUAUUUAUUGUAGAUUUCGCGAUGGCUGAAGAGGACCGCGUCAAUACUGACAGCAGUAACGUCAGUGUGUUAAGCUGGGAACAGGUUCAGCGUCUCGACCUCAUCCUGACCGAGAGCAUCCCGAUCCACGGCCGCGGAAACUUCCCCACGCUCCACAUGAAGCCGCGGCAGAUUGUGACAGCGGUGCGGAGCCGCAUGCGGGAUCAGGGCAUACACGUGCGCGACGUGCGCCUCAACGGCUCCGCGGCCAGCCACGUCCUGCACGAGGACAGCGGACUCGGUUAUAAAGACCUGGAUCUCAUAUUCUGCGUGGACCUGAAGGGAGAGACCGAGUUUCAGAUUGUUAAAAACAUCGUCCUGGACUGUCUGUUAGACUUUUUACCCGAGGGGGUCAAUAAGAAGAAAAUUACACCCUUGACUUUAAAGGAAGCAUAUGUGCAGAAAAUGGUGAAGGUGUGCAAUGAUUCAGACCGCUGGAGUCUGAUAUCCCUCUCCAACAACAGGGGCAAAAACGUGGAGCUGAAGUUCGUGGACUCCUUGCGUCGACAGUUUGAGUUCAGCGUCGACUCUUUUCAGAUUCAUCUAGACUCUCUGCUUUUUUUCUACGAGUGCUCGGAAAACCCGAUGGCCAAAACCUUUCACCCCACCAUCAUUGGCGAGAGCGUGUACGGGGACUUCGCGGCCGCUCUGGACCACCUGCGCAACAAGGUGAUCUGUACGAGGAACCCGGAGGAGAUCCGGGGAGGAGGACUCCUGAAGUACUGCCACCUUCUGGUGAGAGGUUUUCGAGCCGCCUCGGAGUCGGAGAUGAAGACUCUCCAGCGCUACAUGUGCUCGCGCUUCUUCAUCGACUUCUCGGACAUCAACGAGCAACAGUGGAAGCUGGAGUCGUACCUCCAGAACCACUUCGUGGGCUUGGAGGACCGCAAGUACGAUUAUCUCAUGACACUGCACGGGGUGGUGAACGAAAGCACGGUGUGUCUGAUGGGACACGAGAGGCGACAGACGUUAGGACUGAUCGCUAUGCUGGCGGUCCGCGUGCUGGCCGAGCAGAACGUCAUACCCAACGUGGCAAACGUCACUUGCUAUUACCAGCCUGCACCUUACGUAGCAGACUGCAACUUUAGCAAUUAUUAUGUUGCCCAGGUUCAGCCAGUGUUCGCUUGCCAUCAACAAUCCUUCUCCACAUGGCUACCGUGCAAUUGAGAAUAUAUGUUUAAUUGAAUGAUUGCAUAAAGGAGCUGAACUUUAUCCCAAGUGUUACAGUGCAGCCAGAGACUUCCCGAUUGUGAACUGUAAACCUUCACUGUCCUAACUGCAUUGAUGCUUGAUUGGGGUCAGUGUUAAACGGCUCUGGUGAGGUUUGUCGGUUCUUUUAACAGAAGGGCAACUUCUGCUCUGCCGACCGUGUAGCUUUAAACAGUUGAAGAGUUGCAUUUCUGACCGGUUGACACUGUCACAGAUGUUUCAUGUAAUUGAUUUGAUGCAUUAAAGGGAAGUUUUCUCCGUUACUCCUUGCAGUCCAAACUGUACCAGACAAAGUAUCUCCGAAUCCUUUCAGUAUACAUGAGGAGUAAAGUAAACGUUUUUACAAACCAAAGAUUUAAAGAUUGUAUUUUUAUAACCUGAUUUGACAGCAGUGUACUGUACGUGAUGGUGCUGUCUAUAUUUGUACAUGUGAAUUCAUUCUAAGUGCCUGAUGAUGUCGACGCGGUACGGUGAGAUAUUUAAAAAAUGUAAUCGUCAUGAUGAUACAAGACAAAGUGACUAACAGCUUGUGAAUGUAUGAGAUGUUUCCAGUCAUUUUUUUAAAAGCGGUUCAGCUUCUAGGUCUCUGCAUUGUGAAAGGGGAGUAGUUUGUUCGAUGCUUAUGCGCCGUCGUGUCUUGUAAUUAAACGUUUAAUUUAUUGUUUUGCACCAUCCAGACUUUGAGUAUGGUUGUGUGAUACCAAACUUGACUGGUGAGGUUCUGAGGUCCGAGGCAGGGGGUGUGAGGCACUCUUCUGCGGUGUUGCCAGACGUUUGACUUGGUUACAGUUCUCAGUAAAUCAACAUUCGCAGCGGCUUUACGACAGACAGAUGAGAGACGAGAGCACAUGCCGACGUACCGCAGGAAACAAAGACGAGACUUAUUUUUCGUCUUUGAGCGUUCUAAAGGGGAAGAUAUUUGCCAAAGUACCUCUGAUAGUGGGACACUAUUUGCUGUAACACACAAGCAGGGAAUUCGACAGCUCCUGCUGAAACGUUCAAACUAAAACGGGCUGUGUUCAUGCGCUCCCAUCACCACUGCUCCUUCUGCUAAACAUGACCCAACAUUAACCUCCUGUUAACAGAGCGUUAACCUGUUCUUGAUUAAUAGCGCUGUUAAAGGAAGUAGGCGGGGCCUUGGCAUAUAUGUUUAGACUUGAGAAAAGAGACUCGGGAAGAAAAGGAAAAGAGGCAAAAGAGAGAAAGAGAGGGAGGGAGGGCUGGAGAGAUGGGUGCAGCUGGUGAAGGGGUUUAUCUUCCUCAUCAUGUGUCUUUCAAUCAGUACUGCUUAUUUCAUUGCUGUGAACAUUGGGACUGUACAGAUACAUUUUAAUGUGAGAGAAAAACACAGAUAUUCGUUUUCUUCAACUGUGCAGUUGUGUGUUUAAUAUUCAUUUUAUCCUGAUGUCAUGAAAGCGCCAAACUCAAGUUCACAUCGUCCUCAUCCGUACUCUAUGUAGCAUUAGAAACAAAAGUAAUAACUUUGUAUAUGCAAUGCAUAACAUUAGAAAUAACAGGGAAUUUGUCCGCAACUAUUGUUACUAUUUAAUUUAUUUCCAUGAGAUGCACAUUUGAGAUUAGCAACUUUGCUCUCUGAUCAAAAGUGUAAUAACUGCAUUUUUGCAAGUUUAUAAUCACCCAAGACUCUACGUGUAAUUGACGUGUAAAUGUUGAUGGUUGUGUUGAAAUGUAUUUAUCUUUCUGGUGUCAGUACUUUGAGAAAGUUCAGAACGAGAUGUGUUUGCAGUUUAGUCUUAAUUAUAUAUUUUUUUCUUAUACACUGUCUACCAUCCAAAAACUCUGUACAUUACGUGAUCCAGCAAGCAAGUUCGCAUUUAAUCGAUCUAGUCUAAUAGCCAUCCAAACACAGCCCCGAUAUGUUGAGGCUAAAACCAAAGGCUGUAAGUAAAAAUUAAAUAAACGUCUAACUGCAUAAAAUAAAAUAAACACCUUGUAAUCACUGUUGACUUUGCUUACAUGAUGGACUAACGGUUAUAAACAACAUGUAACCAAAUUCAAGUUUAUUUGUUUAUUUGCUGGGAACAUUGUACUGUACCUGUGCAGUAUCACACACUGCUUCUAACCAGAAAGAAGUGAAUUCAAAUAAUAUAAAACAACUCUUUCUUUUUUAUAAAAUCCUUUUAGCGUGACAUUAAUUCUGUCAGGCAAAUAGCACUGACUCUAAUGUCUAAGGCGCAUAUUAUAAUAACCUAAUUUACAUACGAAAAGAUGUAAUUAUGCUGAACAAAAUGACAGUGACUUUAUUUAAAUACUCAUGUGAGUGCAUAUAGUGGCUGGAUAAACAGCAUUGGUUUUUGUGCAGAAAAGUUCAAUUCAGUAUUUUUUUAAAAGCACUUUUCUCAAAGCAGCUUUGCAGAAUAAAACAUUUCAGUACUUAGCACUGUAAGCUUUGAGAAAAUGAUGCCUUAAUGUACUCGUCUAUAAACAUCGGAUGAGCAAGCUCUUUCAUCUAAAAAAUGAAGGUACAGAUAUGUAUUUGUUGCAGUUAUUGCAUGCAGACUCAAUCAGUAUUGAUCAGGAGGGUAACAUGUGGCACAUGUUUACAACUCAAAGCCUCACACAGUUUUCCGUAUUUAACAUGCAUGUGUCUGAUCUAUCUGUGGUUCUCAAUCUCCCUUUUGUUUAUUGUUAUUUAACAUUUUUGACAGUAUCCUGUGGAUUCCUGUGGCAGGGGGAUGAUAAGACUCGCUGUGUGAAGUUCAUUUUACAGCUGUGUUAUGGAUAAUGCAGACAAAAUGGUGAUAAUCAUGUGUCAUGUAUAAAAACAAUGUCACAUUAAAAAUAAACAUGUUAUUUUAUCUCAAACCUGGACACAAACAUGUUUGUUUGUUUGUUACAGUGAUUUCAAUCAUACCUUUCAAUUCAUUCUUCAAGCUGCUAAUGUUUUUUUUUUUGACUGGUUGUUUGGUGCAAACAUUUUGUGUUCAAAAAUGUUUUCCUCAAUAAAAAUGCAAGGAAAUGUA